AUGUCGACUGCCCUCAGUUCGACCGAGGCCUAUUCGCUGCUCUCUCUCUCCUUGGCGGCCGUGGGCGUGCUGUUGAACACUUUCACGGGCGAAGGCGAGCCUCUGAUCGCAUCGAUUGCUUUUAGCUGCCUCGCGUUCGCCUCCUGCUAUGCACUCAUACGAUGGCUCGGGAAUGCCUUUAUACGCCGGGGGUUCAAAGGCAAGGAUCUGUGCAAACUCAAACAGACCGACAUCCCGGAAACCAUGGGCGCCGUGUGCGCCAUGGUCUAUCUCUUCACGAUAAUAACCUUCAUCCCGUGGCCCUUCUACAAAGACAUCGUCGUGGCAACGUCAGGCGGCGGUAAUCGCGAUGUCAUAAAAGAGCUAGAAGAGGUCGAGACGGGGAGGCUACUGCACCGAUUCCCUCACAACAAACUCGCGUCGUAUCUAUCCGCCAUUCUUUCGUUGCAGACCAUCGUUCUCUUGGGCAUCGGCGAUGACCUGUUCGACAUCAGAUGGCGGCAUAAGGUGUUUAUCCCGGCCGUCGCUGCUAUCCCCAUGCUCAUCGUCUACUUUGUGGACUUUGGUGUCACUCAGAUGGUGGUCCCGAUACCACUAAGACGCUAUCUCGGAGAGCUGUUCGAUCUUGGCUGGCUGUACUACGCAUACAUGGCACUGCUCUCCAUCUUCUCCUCGAACAGUAUCAACAUUCUUGCUGGCAUCAACGGCAUCGAGGUGGCCCAGUCACUGGUUAUUGCCGUGCUGAUUGUGGCCAACGACGUACUGUACCUGUCGCCCUUCACAGCGUAUCCGCACCCUGCCACAGACUCACACUUGUUUUCCCUCUAUCUCUUGUUGCCGUUCAUUGGAGUGUCAGUUGCGCUUCUGAAGCACAACUGGUUCCCGGCCAAGGUAUUCGUCGGGGACACGUACUGCUACUUUGCAGGAAUGGUCUUCGCCGUGGACGGCAUCCUGGGUCACUUCAGCAAGACAUUGAUCCUGCUGCUGUUGCCGCAAGGGUUCAACUUUAUUUACUCGGCUCCGCAGCUGUUCCAUAUUGUACCAUGUCCCCGACAUCGGCUUCCGCGCUUCAAUGCACGGACCGGACUUCUCGAAUGCUCGCGCGUCGAGUUCAAGAAGCCUCUUGCGCGCCCGGUCGCGGAGAGCCUGAAGCUACUGCACCGACUUCGGCUGCUCGACGUGGAAACAGACGAAAACGGGCAGGUGGUGUCGUCGUCCAAUUUCACGCUCAUCAACCUGUGGCUGGUGUGGUUUGGGCCGAUGCGGGAGGACCGCCUUGCGUUGGGUCUAUUGGCGUUUCAGACAGCAAUCGGGGUACUGGGACUACUUGUACGGCACCGCAUGGCGCUACUUGUAUUCACAGCAGACAAUUGGUAG